AUGUUAACCAAUGAAAAAGCCCAUUUUUGGUCAGGAGGAAUUUCACGAAGUAUGUCUGAAGGAAAUCUGUUUGAUAUGGAAGCCCGAAAAUCCUCAAGAAAUUGUGAUAUUACAGAAUGUCCAGAUCCAGGUUUGCCUCUUGAUUGGCCAGAGGAUUUCACACUUCACGGCAAUAAUGCUUCCAAUGCUACAAAUCCAUUCUGGAAUGAACUGUCUGCAUCUAACCCAUUUUUGGAUGAUAUAACUCAGCUAAGAAAUAACCAGAAGAGAGAUAAUAUUUCUAUCUUGAAGGAAGAUCCUCUUCUUUUUUUUAGAGAAAUAGAAACUGGAAACUCUUUUGAUUCCUCUGGUGAUGAACUUGAUGUGCAUCAGUUGCUUAGGCAGUCUUCCUCAAGAAAAUCUGGAAGAUCUAAAAGUGUUUCAGAACUUUUGGACAUUUUGGAUGACACAGCACAUGCCCGUCAGAAUAUACAUAACUUUGACCAGAUUUUAGAACAAGACUUAGAAUGGCUUCAAAAUGAUCGAGAGGCUUAUAAAAUGGCUUGGUUAAGUCAGCGCCACCUUGCCCGUUCCUGCCUAGAUUUGAGUACAAUUAAUCAGAGUCCUGGAUGGGCCCAAACACAAGUUGCAGAGACUACAGUCCUUUGCAAAUUAAACCACCAAGGAGGGUCAGUACAGUUACCUGAAUCAGAUAUCACUGUUCAUGUGCCCCAAGGCCAUGUAGCUGUGGGGGAAUUCCAAGAGGUAUCUCUAAGAGCUUUUCUAGAUCCUCCACAAAAGCUUAACCAUGAUCUUUCAUGCACCAUAAGCCCACUGUUGGAAAUCAUGUUAGGUAACCUCAACACAAUGGAAGCCAUUUUGCUGGAGAUGAAAAUUGGGGCUGAAGUGAAAAAGGAUCCUUUCAGCCAAGUCAUGGCAGAAAUAGUGUGUUUACACAGUCUGGAUAAAGAAGGCCCUUUCAAAGUAUUAAACAACUGCUACAUUUACAAAGACACCGUCCAGGUCAAGCUAGUAGACUUGAGUCAAGUGAUGUAUCUAGUGGUUGCCGCACAAACUAAAGGUACUCAAUCACCAGCUGCCACCAUUUGGGAUUAUAUCCACAAAACCAUUUCAGUUGGAAUUUAUGGACCCAAAUAUAUCCACCCCAGUUUCACUGCUGUUUUCACAGUUUGUGGACAUAGUUAUAUGCCAGAAAAGCUUACUAUCUCUGAUAUUAAAAAAGGUGGGAAACCCAACACAUCUCCAGUUGUGUUUCAGCUCUGGGGGAAGCAUUCCUUCUUACUUGAAAAGCCACAAGAUUUAAGUGUAUCUGUCUUAUCAUGUGAUCCUGAUUUUGAAGUAAAAGCAGAAAGAAAAAGGAAAGAAAUUAAGCAAAAGCACUUGCAAUCAGGUCAAGUAGUUCAUCAACAAUUUUUCUUCUCUUUAGUUGACUCCAGAGAAAUGCACUUGUUUGUUUUCUGUGUUCAGGUGGAGCCGUGCAGUGGUAGGCCAGUGACACAGUUCUUUAUAACUUCACCUGAUCCAGCUCCGAACCUAAAAAGUCUGUCAAAUCUUCCAAGUGAUUUGCAGAAGAAGAAGGAAAGCAAAUCUUCUCCUUUAUUACCAACAGUGCAUGUUAAAUAUCCUACAUUUCAAGACAAAAAAUUGAACUUUACCAGCUAUGGAAUAACCCAGAAGACAGUGAUAAGACAAAAUAAGAUUGAAUACUUACUUGAAUAUUUCAAAGGGGACACGGUAGCUCUUCUUGGAGAAGGUAAAGUAAAAGCCAUUGGACAGUCCAAAGUGAAAGAAUGGUAUGUGGGAGUCCUGAGAGGUAAGAUUGGACUUUUACAUUGCAAAAACAUCAGGGUGAUUGCAAAGGAACAAGUAAUGUCUACGUCAGAUACUGUCUUCACAACCCAGAAUCUUCUUGAACAAAUUACCCUGCCUCUUAAAAAACUGACUUACAUCUACUCAGUUGUCUUGACCUUGGUAUCAGAAAAAGUGUAUGAUUGGAAAGUUUUAGCUUAUGUCCUAGGCUAUUCACAUCUGGCACUAGAAGACUUUGAUCAGCUACAAGCAGACAAAGAAUCAGAAAAAGUUGCUUAUGUUGUAAAGAAGUUAAAGGAAGAUUGCCAUGCAGAUAGAAAUACCAGGAAGUUUCUUUAUGAACUUACUGUGGCUCUGCUGAAGAUUGAUUGCCAAGGAUUAGUAGUGCAUCUUGUCCAGGAGGCUGCUAUUCUGACUUCAGCUGUCAAGCUUGGGAAAGGCUGGAGGGAACUAGCUGAAAAGUUAGUGCGACUCACAAAGCGACAAAUGGAGGCAUAUGAAAUUCCUCACCAAGGAAAAUCUGGAGAUGUGGCUGUAGAGAUGAUGUGGAAACCUGCCUAUGAUUUUCUUUAUACUUGGAGUGCUCACUAUGGAAACAGCUACAGAGAUGUGUUACAAGACCUACAAUCAGCUUUGGACAGAAUGAAAAACCCUGUGACCAAACAGUGGCGAGACUUAACUGGAGCUUUAAUACUAGUGAAUUCUUUAGAGGUUUUGAGAGCAACUGCAUUCUCCACUUGUGAGGAAGUAUAG